UUUCUUUCAUAUGCAGGGCUGUGGCAGGGGUUAGAUCUAUUCAUGCACUGAGCCACAGCACUGAAGGUUGCCUGCUGUUGUGUGAGGAUGUGUCUCUUGGCCCUGGGUAUCCUGCUGGGGAUUCUACAGCCUUCAUCCGGGCAGUUUCCCCGAGCCUGUGCAUCUUCAGAGAGCCUGCUGAGGAAGGAAUGUUGCCCACUGUGGGCUGGGGAUGGGUCCCCUUGUGGGGAACUCUCUGGCAGGGGCUCCUGCCAGGAGAUCCUUCUGUCCCGUGCCCCACUCGGGCCGCAGUUCCCCUUCACAGGGGUGGACGACAGAGAGGACUGGCCUGCUGUGUUUUAUAACAGGACAUGCCAAUGCAACAGCAACUUUAUGGGAUUCAACUGCGGGGAGUGCAGGUUUGGCUUCUCAGGGCCCAACUGUGCCAAUAGGAGGAUGCUCAUGAGAAGAAGCAUCUUCCAGCUUAGUAGCAGAGAGAAGAAUAAGUUCCUUGCCUACCUCAACUUGGCAAAGCACACCCCCAGCCAGGAUUACGUCAUUGCCAGUGGCACCUAUGCUCAGAUGAACAAUGGCUCGACCCCCAUGUUCAGGAACAUCAACAUUUACGACCUCUUUGUCUGGAUGCAUUACUACGUCUCUCAUGACACCUUGCUAGGUGGGUCAAGCGUAUGGAGGGAUAUUGAUUUUGCCCAUGAAGCCCCAGGUUUUCUACCUUGGCAUCGACUGUUCUUGCUGCUGUGGGAACAUGAGAUCCAGAAGAUCACAGGAGAUGAGAACUUCACCAUCCCUUACUGGGACUGGCGAGAUGCCGAAGGCUGCGAUGUCUGCACCGACGAAUUGAUGGGAGGCAGACACCCCACUAACCCUCAGUUACUCAGCCCAGCAUCCUUUUUCUCCUCAUGGCAGGUAAUUUGCAGCCUAUCGGAGGAGUACAACAGCCGGCAGGCUUUAUGCAAUGCCACCAACGAAGGCCCUAUACUUCGAAACCCUGGGAACCAUGAUAAAACAAGGACACCUCGGCUCCCAUCUUCAGCGGAGGUUGAAUUUUGUCUAACGUUGACUCAAUACGAAUCAGGGUCCAUGGAUAAAUUGGCCAAUUUCAGCUUCAGAAACACUUUGGAAGGCUUUGCCAAUCCACAGACUGGAAUAGCGAACAUGUCUCAAAGCAGUUUACAUAAUGCACUUCACAUCUAUAUGAAUGGCUCAAUGUCCCAGGUACAAGGAUCUGCUAACGAUCCUAUCUUUAUCCUUCACCAUGCCUUCGUUGACAGUAUUUUUGAACAAUGGCUUAGAAGACACAGACCUCUGCGAGAAGUUUACCCAGCAGCCAAUGCACCCAUUGGCCACAAUCGUGAAAAUUACAUGGUCCCAUUUAUUCCUCUCUACAGAAAUGGAGAAUUUUUUACCCCAUCAAGGGAGUUGGGAUAUGAUUAUGAAUAUCUAGCAGACCCAGUUGACUCAUUCCAGGACUUUUUGAUGCCCUACCUGGAGCAAGCCCGUCAGAUCUGGCAGUGGUUGGUCGGAGCAGCUGUGGUUGGUGGUAUAAUUACUGCUCUGAUCACCGGACUCAUUGUUCUGGGGUGUAGGAAGAAGAGAAGGGGAAGCACGGCAGAAACACAGCCCUUACUCAUGGAAAGUGAAGAUGAUCACAAUUUGUCUUAUCAGUCAAAUUUAUAAAAGCCGUCUGUAAUCCAGCAAUGAUGUUAAGGUGCUAACUAAAUCAAGCGUGCAUUGUUUGGUACAUGUUUACAGAAUAUCUUGCUGAGAUGCACUGCCUAAGGGGUAUGGAAUGUCCUGAAUAUCAUUGCUCAUGUAACAUGCAAUACUGUACUGUAUUAUCAAAAUCUUCCCAUAGAACAUUUCCUAAUAAAAACUAAUGUGCGUUA